GGGCCAGCGACGGAGCCAUGCAAACGGCGACCGCCUCGAUCCUCGACGUCUCAAGGACGGUGGUGAUCCGGGAGGACGCCAGCCGUGGCCAGAAUAACUACACGGGGCAAUGCAACCAAAUAUUUCCACCUCACCUUGGCACAUCCCAGAUAAUCCAUGGCAACGGUACCACUGUUGGCACAGUAAUAACGUUUCGGUGUUCUGCAGAACACCAGCUGAUUGGACAAGGAGUCGUCACUUGCAUUUGGAAAGGAAAUGGUACGCAGUGGACAGCAGACAUUCCAUCGUGUAAGCCCAUACCCAAAUAUGAAACUUUUGGAUUUAAAGUUGCCGUGAUUGCCUCCAUCGUGAGCUGCGCCAUUAUUCUGCUGAUGUCUAUGGCUUUUUUAACCUGCUGUCUUAUCAAAUGUGUUAAGAAAAGUGAGAGAAGAAGAGCUCAAAGGGAUAUGCAGCUGUGGUACCAGCUCAGAAGUGAAGAACUAGAAAACAUGCAAGCGGCUUACUUUGGUUUUAAAGGCAGGAAUAACAACAAUAAUAAAAAAAUCAAGCCAGUAUCUGAUGAUGGUAAUAACAUGUCAUAUGACAACCAAGGCUUCUGCAGUUUCCACGAAGAAUGGUUUGGAGACAUCUCUGAAACUGGCUGUUGCAGAGAAAAUGAUAUACAAAGCAAAUUAACCAGAAACAGCAGUGCACUUGGUAAACCGUUAGUACCAGGAAAUAAUAUUGCCAUACAUACCAUCAGUACAAUACAUGUUGUAGAGGUUUAUGGACAUGAAAAGGAUAUGCUUGAUACACCGGAUACUCACUUACCUGGAUAAAAAACCUCAGAAAUGCAAUUAAGGAUUACUGGACCAAAGCAAAAUGUGAAUACAGAUACCUGCUGAAUGUGCCUUAAAGACUGCAUAGAAAUAAA